AGCAAAAGUUAACUUGUGCAGCUAAGUUUCCCCUUUGACCUCGGUGAGGGAUACGAACGUCAUUUGUUUAUACCUGUUGCAAUGGCGACCUUAACGGAACUGAAAUGCGCUCUGAGAGAGAGCCUGGAGUCUCGAGGUGUGUUGGGUCAGCUAAAAGCUCGGAUCAGAGCUGAGGUGUUCAAUGCGCUCGAUGAUCAGAGCGAGCCGCGUCCUGCGCUGUCGCACGACAACCUUCUAAUCAACGAGCUCAUCCGCGAGUACCUGGAAUUCAACAAGUAUCGAUACACAGCGUCUGUGUUGACAGCAGAAUCAGGUCAACCUGAGGUACCACUUGACAGACCGUUCAUGGCGAAUGAGCUGAAAGUGGUGGAGGACUCCAGUUCCAGAUCUGUGCCUCUACUGUACGGCUUGCUAUCCCACUUCCUAAGCAGCAGCGGAGACAGUGGAGGGAAGCUGUUUCUCAGGGGCUCAGCAUCUGCUACUAUGACCAGAGACUCUAACACACUCCCUGGUCCUGAGUCUUAACACAGGUGUGUCCUGUCUGUCACUCCAGAUUGCAAUGGAACUGGGGGUGUUGAGCGAUUUAUUAAAAAAACAUUUUUUUAUUUUUUGCAGUUGAUGUCAAGAAAGCCUUAGUAGUGUGUGUUAAUGUUGCCAAAACAGGAUAAAAUCAAAAGGUCUGCUUUUUAUUUCAUUUGGCCAAUUGUUUGUUCCCUGAGAGUCUGUAAAUGUAGUCUGUUCUUCACUACUGCUAUGUCCGCAUAGCUGUACAUACUGUAGUAAGCGUUUGAUGUGCCAAUUGCUCAUGAAGAUGUAUCUAAAAUAAAUAGUUGUUUUAAUAAAUUUUUACUUUAAUAAAGCAUUUUUAGCAUA